UUCGCCUUCUCCGCCAACUGCAGAAGAAAAAGUCCUGCACCAUGGACCGCUGCGUUGCACCGACGGUAUAUUCUCCCCCUCCUGUCAAGAAACACUCGGCGAAGCCCUACAACACGAGCCCUCCCCUUACCUUCGCUGUCGCCUCGAAAGCUGCCAUGCACGCAGCCGCGCAGCACAGCGUGAGGGCCAACACGGCGAACAGCACGUGGCACACGGCCUUCAUUCGUGUCGUCUUGGAGUCGCCUGGGUGUGCGUGUGUGUGGGUGGGUGGCCUUGCUGGUCUGCGUGGGGACGGAGGGAAGAAGAAAAAGGUGCACAAAAGAGAGAAACACGGCCGGCACGGCUCGCCGCGCACAGACACGCCCGCAGAGCAGCGGGUGACCGCAACAGCACUCGGGCACGCAUGGGGCGGUUUCCGCAAGGAGCACACAGACACACGGAGGAAACAGAGAGGAAAAAAAAAAGAAUUGUUGUGGAGUAUGAAGUAUCGUCAGCGCAAACGGCGGUUGUCUUCCUUUUACGGAGUUUAA